UACUACUAGACAUCUGACUUAAGAGAGUAAUAUUUAUUUUGUGUAUUCGAAGCAUUUACUUUUACAGCAAUCAUCAACUUGUUUAAUCAUUUUUAUAGUAAUUUAUUUUUUUAUUUUAAUUAUGGCCAAAACUAAAAUAACAGCAUCGGAGGAAUUGAUGAUAACUGGUGUCAAGCAAGUUCCAGAGCAGGUAAACCACAAGUUGUCCGCAGCAGUAUCUAUGGCACACAAAGAUUGCCAAAGAUCUGGAAACUAUGAGGAAACUGAGAAUGAAAUUUCUGGAGCUAGCAACAAAUCUGAAAAUAUAAUAGCUUUGAACACUUAUCAACUGGAAGAAAAUCUUAAUCGAGACGAAAUGGAAAACGAUGAUAAAUCCGAAUAUGACGUAGACUCAUUUUGUUCGGAUAUUUCCUGCAAAGAGUCUGAAGUUACAAAUGUUACACCACGUUCAUCCAUGAGCGGUUGUUCCUCGCUGUUACAUUCAAUAGAUGUCAACUAUAAUAAAAGAAAUUUAGAUAUCAUCAGGACUAGGAAUGGCGGAGAUUGGCAGACAGAUAGAAAAGAAGAUGAAGAUUUACCUUUGUCGGAAAGCGAAAUGACAUAUCUGAGUAAAGGCGAAGGCAGGCUCAUGUUAGAGCAGCAAAGAAGACAACUGACACGCUGUGGGAGAAGAAAUAUGAGCUUCACAAAUGAAGAAUUGCGAAAAAUUGAGAGAGAAAACCAACUGUUACUCAGGAAAAUAAUGUCCCAUCAAAAACCGCAGGGUAAAACUGUAAAAUUAACCUCAGGACCCCCGAGAACUAGUAGCUCUGCGAUCAAUAGAAAAAGACAACAGAAAAAAAUUGAAGAAGACAACAUGAUGCUGCUGCGGAGAAUACAGCAAACUAAGUCGUGCGCUAUGCCUAGGACUUCAGUACCUGGUUGUAAACUGACGAUGAUGUGAUCAUUGCAACUGUACUAAAGUUACUACCUCUGUGUACCUAAUUGUGUGCAUCUUUUAAGCAUCUUUUUCAAACUGAACAAUAAUAUCCUGUGCGCAUACAUAUUUGGUACCUCUUAUCAAAAUUAUAUUUAUACAUUUAUAUCUUUACUUCUUGAAUAAAGGUUGAAAUUUUCACUCCAGUUGUUCAGUUGCUUUUGUAAAAUUUAUAAUUAUUGAUAAUGUCAUUUUACAAAUAAAACGGCGAAUUUUUAUGUAACAAUUGGUCUCUGGUAACCUGAAGUUUCGAAAUAGAAAAGUUUUAAGAGUAUGUAAAGUGUAACUGAAACUUCGUAGUUUCUUUUUAUUCAAAAACAAGGAUGAAAAGUCUUACAAAAAUGUUACAAUAGAAAGGACCUUUGUGAAAUACGCGAAUUUUUUUUAAGUAAAUACGUAUUUGGCCAAAAUAAAACAUUUACAGUAAUGGUAAGGGCUAAAGGUAAAAGAAAAACGUUUUAUUGUUGACGCGACAUAUCUGUACAUCAAACUGGCUAUUGAGUUAAUGGCUCUGCAACCAAAUGAAU